CGGAGUCUUCAGCUUCCUCAAGCUUUAUAGACAGUUUGUGUUCGGACGCUGAUUGUCACACUUCUGUGGAAAAACUUUCGAGAACGAUGCAGUACGACUAUAGUAAAAACAAGGACGAACACCCGGAGCCCAUCAAAGUUGAAGUAAAAGGCUUGAUUCCUGAAUGGCUGCAGGGCACACUUAUACGCAAUGGACCUGGCCUCUUCUCUUUGGGAGAGACGAGAUACAACCAUUGGUUUGAUGGAAUGGCACUUCUGCACAGUUUCACAAUUAAAAAAGGAGAGGUGACCUACAGAAGCAAGUAUCUUCAAGGUGACACCUACAACUCCAACAUGCAGGCCAACAGAAUAGUGGUGUCAGAGAUGGGGACCAUGGCGUACCCAGACCCAUGCAAAAAUAUAUUCUCCAAAGUGAUCACUUUCCUCAGCCACACCAUACCAGACUUCACUGACAACUGUGCCAAUAACAUAAUAAAAUAUGGAAAUGAUUACCAUGCUACAUCUGAGACCAAUUACAUUCGUAAAAUUGACCCCAUGACUUUAGAGACUCAAGACAAGGUGGACUACCUGAAAUACCUUCCUGUAAAUAUUGUGGCAUCACAUACGCAUUAUGAUAAAGAGGGAAAUAGCUACAGUAUGGGAACAUGCAUCGCAGAGAAAGGCAAAACUAAAUACACAUUGUUCAAGGUUCCAGGAGGAAGUGGGUCAGAUGGGUCUCCACCUUUGAAAAGUGCUGAGGUCGUGUGUACUGUGCCCUGCCGUUCCCUCCUCACGCCCAGUUAUUACCACAGCUUUGGCAUGACUGACAACUACUUUGUCUUUAUCGAGCAGCCCUUAAAGCUGGAUGUCCUCAAAAUGGCUACAGCCUAUCUGAGGAGGGUCAGCUGGGCCAGCUGCAUGAAAUUCCACCCUGAAGACAGCACCCUGAUUCACCUUAUUGACCGAAAGACAAAAAAGGAAGUUGGGAUCAAAUUCUACACUGGUGCUAUGGCUGUCUACCAUCAAGUCAAUGCCUUUGAAGAUGAUGGCCAUGUUGUUUUUGAUGUGAUCUGCUAUGAUGACAACAGCUUGUAUGAAAUGUUUUACCUGGACAAGCUGAAGGAGCAGAUGGGAGCAAAUACUAUGUACUGCAAGCCAAAGUGCAAAAGAUUUGUGUUGCCCCUUAGCGACAUGGGUGAGACGGGUGAAGAUCUGGUCAAACUUAAAUACACGACAGCAAGUGCUGUGAAGGAGAAAGAGGGGAAAGUUCUGUGUCAGGGCGAGGUUCUCUGUGAUGGUGUGGAACUUCCAAGAAUUAAUUACAAUUUCAAUGGAAAGAAGUACAGAUUUUCAUACAUGUGUUGUGUGGACAUAUCCCCAGUGGCCACAAAGAUUGUCAAGUUUGAUGCUGAGACAAAGCAGAAGAUUGAGUGGUCUGGAGGAGACGGUUUUGCCUCGGAGCCGGUUUUCAUUCCCAGGCCAGAUGCAGUUGAUGAAGAUGAUGGUGUAGUCCUGACAUGUAUCAUAAAUGCCAAACCUGCGCAGGGUGGCUUUCUACUGGUGCUUGAUGGCAAGUCUUUCAAAGAGGUUGCCCGGGCAUGUAUAGAUGUUGAUUUCCACAUGGACAUGCAUGGCUACUUCAUACCCGACAGUAGUUAGAGCUUUAAUGUAUGCCAACUAUACAGGCAUAAUGACAGAGAUGAAGAAUCUCUUGUAAAUGUUGGUAUUUUGAUUAAUCCGGUUACAAAGUUGUCAAAGACCUUGUAUGUCACAUUGAAGUCAUGUUUUGUGAUUGACUAUACAGUGGUGUGCGGGGAAAAAAAUACGGACACCCUCUGGACCAUGAACACAUUUCUACAGGUUUCGUUUUCUUGUUUGGAAAAAAUGUAUGCAUGUAUAAAAUGUACUGUUUGAAAGGUCAUUAUUUGUAAUAUCAAACAGAAAUGAGAACUGUUUUGUCUUUUUUGCUUGCGCAGAGAAAUCAUAAAGUGAAGAUAUUUCUGUCAUUAUGGUUGUAUCCAGUGUUUGAACUGUGUGGAACUGCAUUCAAAAUACUGUGUGUUAAAUACAAGAAGGCUACACCCUUUUGGUACAGUGCAACUGUGCUUUAUUGUUGCCUUCAAGUCAUCUGUUAUUGAGCUAGAAAUAACACCACACACACACACACACACAGAGUAAUUAUAGACUGGGAGACCCAGCUUCAUUUUGUUAAUGAAUUAUGUAUGCAACUAGUCAAAAGUUUGAACUCACCUACUUAUUACUGUUUUAAACAUUUUAUAAUAAUAGCAUGGUUGUAGCUAUGAAAUAACACAGGUAUACAAACUUGAAUAUGUUAUGAAAUCUGGAAAUGGAGAAAAAAAAAACAUGUCCUCACAUGAAAUUCCUGUUUUCAUUUUGUGAUGUUUUAAGAUUUUGUCAGAUUGUAAUACGGU